AUGGUAGCUAUUCGAAGUAUAUCACUGGCAAUCGCCGUUGUCACGUGCACGCUGUUUUGGGCGUCGACCAUUGGCGUAGCCUGGGUGAAGAACAAAAUGUAUCCUGACUCUUCCAUAGGUAUAUGGAGAAUAUGUGUUCCUAUUCAUGGUUGUUCAUCUAUUUCUUAUGAUGAUUCUACAGACGUCUGGCAUAACGCAGUCAGAGCUUUCGUAUGUUUGGCUAUCAUAGCGAACUUUGUCGGAAUCGGAUUACUCGCCGCUGGUUUUUGGUCGCCAAAGAUUCGAGGAAUCAUAGCUACGUUUCCUAUGUUUUUAGCGAGUCUUUUUGAAAUUAUUGCUUUAUCCGUGUAUGCUGGAAAAUUCGAGUUACCCGAAGCCCAUCAAUUUGGAUGGAGUUUUAUUUUGGGCUGGGUUGCUAGUGUGUGCGCUAUUGCUUCUGCAAUUUUAGCCAUUUUCUCGGAAAAAUAUUAA